UGAUUAAAAUUAAAAUCAAAAUCAAAAUCUCUCUCUUUCUCUUCUGAGCUACCACUAUAUGAUCUUCUACCUUCCAUUUUCAUGCCUUUCUCUCUCUUCUUCUUCUCUCACUGCGCAUGGGAGGCCAAGAUUCCUCCUCCUCCUCUUCAUCGUUGCCGGCGUCGGAGUAUUUCUCCGGCGACCGGAACUCUAGUUCUCCGGUGCGAGUCCUUGUGUUUUUUCAUAAGGCGUUUAGAGGGGAGCUUGGCGAGCUCCUGCGCUUGGCCAAUGACGCCGUCGCUGCUUCCAACGAGAGUGAUAAGCGUCGCCGGGAAACGGCGGUGGUUGAGCUUCGGAGGAGGCUUGAGUUCUUUAGAACUGUGUUUAGGUACCACUGCGCUGCUGAAGAUGAGGUUAUAUUUUUUGCUCUAGAUGCACGUGUGAAAAACAUUGCUUGUACAUACUUCCUAGAACACCAUACAAUUGAUUCUGUAUUUGAUUCAAUCUUUUCCCGUCUAAAAGACAUACUGGAGGACCACGGGAGUAUAUGUCAAGAAUUUCAAGAACUUGCCUUUCAUAUUAGCACUCUACAGGGGUCUAUUUGUCAGCAUAUGGUGAAAGAAGAACAGCAGGUGUUCCCUCUACUAGUGAGCCAAUUCUCCGAUGAAGAGCAAGGUUUCCUCCUUUGGCAGUUAAUGUGUAGUGUCCCUGUGGUGCUCAUGGAGGACCUAUUUCCAUGGUUAGCUUGUUUUCUUGCUCCAGAAGAACAAUUGGACUUGAAACAUAUCAUGAGAAAAAUUGUGCCUCAAGAUAAAAUGCUACAAGAAGUGGUGUUUUUCUGGAUUGAUAAGACUGCUCAACCAUCCUCAGGAGGUUGCGUAAAUCAUGAUGAAUCAUCUAAGUGUCCUGAUCAAAGGGAUACUUUGAAAGACAUCUCCAAACUUUGUCUGCUCAAAACCUCCAAUGAAAGUAAUCAGUCAGAUUUUCUGUCAAAAGUCAAGGACAGCCCGUUUGACGGCCUUCUUCUUUGGCAUGCUGCCAUUAGGUCUGACUUUAAAGAAAUUUUAGACAAGCUCUAUACAACAGGAUCAAAGGAAUUCUCCAUAUUGGCGUCACUGCUUGUUCGGAUUAACUUCCUUACAGAUGUGCUGAUCUUUUAUAGUGAUGCAUUGGAAAGAAUAUUUUAUCCAUUGUUAGAAGAUGCCUCUGUACUUCCGACAUCAGACUCAUACAAAGCAUUUCCUUGCAAAAAUGAAAUUGAAGGAUUUCAGAAGAUCAUAUUCGGUGCUACUCAGAUUAAUUUUUCUAAUCCGAACUUUUUCAAGAUGAUAUGUAAUAAGAUGGAAGAUUUAGUCCUGGCGACUAGUAAGCACUUGUCUUUCCAAGAAACAGAGGUUUUUCCUUUCAUCAGCAAGAACUAUGCCCAUGAAACCCAACAGAAGUUGCUGUUCAAGAGUCUUUGUAUGCUGCCCCUUGGCCUGUUAAAGUGUGUGACAACUUGGUUUUCAUCUCACUUGCCGAAGGAUAAGUUGAAGUGUAUUUUACAUGGCAUUAAGCAAUCUGGCUUUCUUGAUAAACCUUUUGCGUCCCUUUUACAUAAAUGGAUUCGCAUAGGUUACUCUGCCAAAUUUACUAUGGAAGAUUUGCGGGAGAUGUUCAAUAGCAGGGUAUCUUACAUGUUUGAGCAGUUUAGAGAGGAUAUAGAUCCCACAACAAAACAAAGAUCUUUAAACAGCUCCAACUUCUUUUCUCAUUCUUUAAGCAAGUGUUUCCAGCGAAAUGAGAAGCAUGGGACACUGUAUUCUAGUGGCAUUAACUUGCUCGUGUUUUCUUCACGAUCUUUAAAUCAGGUGUAUACCUUUUCUGGAUCUUCCAUUGAAGCAGUUUCUGCUAAUCACCGAGAACCAAGGCCAAUGGAUCACAUCUAUUAUUUCCACAAAGCCAUAAAAAAGGACCUUGAGUCCUUAGUUCUUGACUCAACUAAGCUAUCCAAAAACGUGGACCUUUUUGUGGAGUUCAACCGACACUUCCGGCUAGUGCGAUCUUUAUAUGAACUUCAUAGUGAAACCGAAGAUCGGGUGGCAUUUCCAGCUCUGGAGGCAAAGCAAAAGGUUCAAAACCUUACACAGUCUUAUACAAUUGACCACAAACUAGAAGGUGACUGCUUUAAUAGAGUUUCAGGAAUUUUGGAUCAGAUGUCUGAAUUGUAUAAUACACUUUCUGGUUCAAGUGUUGAUGAAGUAGGUCCAGCAUUAGUGAAGUUUCAUCAGUUGUGUGUAAGGCUCCAAGAUAGUUGUAAAUUGCUGGAGAGGAUAUUGAAUGAUCACAUACAUCGGGAAGAGAUUGAACUUUGGCCUUUGUUUAGAGAGUAUUUCUCCACUGAAGAACAGGAAAAAAUUGUAGGGUACAUGCUUGGAAGAACACGGGCAGAGAUUUUGCAAAAAAUGAUAGUAUGGCUUAUGGCCUCUUUAACAUCAGAAGAGCAGCAAGCUAUGAUGAGCUACUGGCGCAAAGCUACUAAAUAUACCAAGUUCGAUGAGUGGUUAGGAGAAUGGUGGGAAGGAAUGGAGAGCUAUGUUUGUGCUGAGGCAGAAAAGCCAGAUUUUUCUUGUUCAUCAGCAACAGACUCCCUAGAUCUUGAAGCGAAGCAUUCGUCUCUGAGUGUUUCUCAUGACCGAGGGAAAAACUUCAGAAUUGAAAAUGUGAAGUAUUUGCAUGAUGAGGCGAACAAUGUCAAUAAGGUUAAAAAAAGGGAAGGUCUUGAUAAGGACAACAAGAAGCAUAAAUCUUCAGAUAAUAAAAUGCUCCUUGGUGAGAAAGACAACCCCAAGAGAGAAGGGAAUCUCACUGAUUCAAUAAGCGAACUGGAGGCUGCUAUGAGAAAGGUGUCACAGGACUCUUCUUUGGAUCUACAAGCAAAAACACGAAUAAUGCAGGAUUUGAUGACAAGCCAUUGCGUUCCACAAUCACUACCUGAUUCAAAUGUUGUGAUUACAAGCGAGCCUGGAAAGCUUCCUGGUCAAUUUCCCUCAUAUAGGGACACAGGAGACUCUGUAUUUGGUUGCAAACACUACAAACAGAACUGCAAGCUUGUCGCAGCUUGUUGUAACCAGAUUUUUACUUGUAGACACUGCCAUGACGAGGUUUCCGAUCACGUGAUGGAUAGGAAAUCCACAACCCAAAUGAUGUGCAUGAUGUGCCUAGAAACUCAACCAAUUGGACGCACUUGCAUGACUCCUUCCUGCAACAAGUAUUCUAUGGCGAAAUAUUAUUGCAAGAUUUGUCGAUUAUUCGACGAUAACAGGGAGAUCUAUCACUGCCCCUAUUGUAACUUAUGCCGACUUGGAAAAGGAUUGGGGAUUGACUAUUUCCAUUGCAUGAAAUGUAACGCAUGCAUGUCCCGAACUGUUUCAACCUCGCAUGUAUGCAGGGAGAAGUGCAUUGAGGAUAAGUGUCCCAUAUGCCAUGACGACAUGUUUACUUCACGUGAUCCAGUAAAGGCCCUUGUUUGUGGUCAUUUGAUGCACUCAUCAUGCUUUGAGGUGUACACUUGCACGCGCUAUACAUGCCCAGUAUGCAGUAAGUCCCUUGGUGACAUCAAUGACAUGCAGGUGUUGUUCGGAAUGUGGGAUGCACUUUUGGCUGAAGAGAAAUUGCAAAUGCCAGAGGAAUACAUUGGGCGAACUCAGGCCAUACUAUGCAAUGACUGUGAGAGGAAAGGAACUGCUCCCUUCCAUUGGGUACAUCACAAGUGUCCAUUUUGCGGGUCUUACAAUACCCGGCUUAUAUGACUCUCUUCCUUCAAAUACAAGGCGGAAAAAGGGUAAAAAGCAAAUACAAUCUUGUAAAUAGGAUAUUAAUGUAUGAUUCAACCAAUUUUGACACAUUCAGUUUAAUUAGAGUACAUGUCUAGAUUUGAGAGAAUAGAAUAGGCGACAUCCUGUUGUUUAAAUAAUGGUAGGUUAUGCUUCCUUCGAAGUAUCUGGUUACAUGCCUUAGGGACACUUCUUAUGCUCAUAACAUCAAGAGCUGUAUGGGACAUCAGAUAUUAGGAUGAUUCCCAUCAAAUUAUGUAUUAUAAGAAUGAUUCUUUUUGUAUGAUUGGCAAAGAUAUUCCACGAGGGUUGCAAGUAGUUUGAUAUAUGUAUUGCUGAUAUUGUCAUUUGAGAACUAUUAAUACUACUAUACUAUCAGAUUUUUGUUAGGA